CUUGUUGUCGAAAGUUCAGUUUACCAUUGAUUGCCUAGCGUGCAAAAUAUCUCGGUAUACGUGAGCAUUCUCCAUACUGCCUUAGGCUAGAAACGUGCCUCGAUCAUUUUGGCGUAUCAUUAUAUUCACACUUCAUUUUUCAACUUGUAUAAUUUACACGUAUAUUUUCAAUCGUCGGGGAUAAUGAUCGGGAUCAAUCGCAUUACAGAUCUCGUGAAUAUUAAUUCGAAAAGUGGAUUGAUGAUAAAAAUGUGUGUGCAAAGUGGCGCGUGGAAUAAAGAGCCGCGGUGAAUCUGUGCGAGUAAUUUUAAACAUCGCUUAAGAAAAAGUGUACGAAGCUUCGAACGACGAUUAAGUGAUACAGUGUUGUGCAAUGCGUAAAGAAAAAGUUGUCAAACGUGCGUUCUCUUUGCGAUUAACGUGACCAGCGUUUUUGUGAAACAUACCGGAAACACUGGUAACCAGAUGGGAAGUGAUGUCUACCUAUUAUGGCAGAACCGUUCUCGAAGAGAUUCGUCACAGCUAAGUACAUGGGUUCGUUUCCUGUGGCAAUCCCCGACAUUGCCAGUCGUGCCGAGUACGUGCGCUCCCAGUUGGAGACUCUCAGAUACAGUGAUCGGUCCACGCCCGUUCUCCUGAUAGUGUCGCUCGCGGGUAUCAAAGUAUGCAGCCCAGAUGGAAAAUGCGUGCAAAUGGCGCACGCGUUGAGGCGCAUCUCGUACGCAACCUGUGAACCUCAACACGCUCAAUUCAGCUUCCUCGCCCGAGAGCCUAGAGCGCACUUCAGCAUACAAUAUUGUCACUCUUUCAUCACCGAAUCUGCAGAACAGGCGGAGGAGUUAAACACCAUUGUCGGCAAUGCUUUUCGUAUGGCAUACGUGGCGCAGCUUCAGCGCCAACCGAUCCUUCAAGAUGUGAUCUCACCGCAAUCAUCGCCACCCUACCGAAAGGACAAACAAGAGAAUCGAUCUUCGUGGAACAAAUCGCUGGCUGGCGACAGCUCGAUCGCCGGCGCGGGAGGUGUUUGCAGGAAUUCGUCUUCGAAUUCGUGGCUAAAAAGUCGGACGUCGCCCACGUCCAGAACUGGAAGCGGCUCGUCUGCGGCGGACAUGAACGUACAGCUCGGCAGCGCAGGCUCGCCCACGCUGCGACUCGCUAGCGUGAAGACACCGAACUCGAUCCCGGGUCUACGGCCGACGCACAACUUCACCAACGUUCUCGGCCCAAUAACGAACGAGGAUGAGCCAAAGAGUAUCUCUCAGCAGAGCACACCGAGCAGCGAUGAGAGCAACUCACCGACGGAGCUAAAUUCGUACAAGAGACUAACGGACAAGCCGCCUCUGAUAAAGCGGCUGGCGAUGGGUUUGACAGGUGGACGUGACGUUCUUGGGUUGAACGGUGAGGAUGACAGCUGCCCCCUCGUCAGUGGUAGCAGCACACCGACGAGCCCGUCAAACAGGCCGCAUUCUGGGGGUUAUAUAAACGAGGCGAUCAUCGAGUCCGAGGGCACGAGGCCGGCUUACAACAAGAUACCCCCAUCUGAGAGUCUGGACAAUACCAUCAACGCCUCCAUCACUGCGAAAAAUUUCAACAUUGAAAACAACAGGAUAGGACAUAAUUCUCCCAGCUCUGGUACGGAAACAGAAUUCAAAUCGAAGAGAAGAUCUCAGAUCAGUACCUCGAGCAGUUCAGUACCCGCUGAUGGAAGUACACAUGGUUCCACACCGACCCCACCACCUCUUCCUGAAAGAACGGAUAGCCUUAAUAACCGCAGUGAAGAAGCUGAACUACGAAAAGCUCCCUGGUUUCAAGCUGGAAUACCAAGGGAAAUAACGCUAGAAGUGUUGAGUCAGGAGCCGGAAGGAGCCUUCAUGGUGCGAGAGAGUACCAGUAAACCCGGAUGUUAUGCCCUUUCGCUUCGAGUGCCGCGCGAAUUCCAACCAAGCGGAAUAGCCCAUUAUCUCAUAAUGCGUACGAACAAAGGCUACAAAAUCAAGGGCUUUACAAAGGAAUUCACGACACUGACUGCUCUAAUUACUCACCAUUCAGUGAUGCCAGAAUUAUUGCCAUGUCCUUUGUCAUUAAGUCGAUACAAUCCAAGCUUUGUGAAAAGCGAUUCCAACAAAGACUUCGCGGACAUCGAUUCGGAUCCUGAUUACAAUACCUUAGCCGACUUUCGCAAAAUGAUGGCUGACCUGAACGUCUAGAAUAAAGCUCUCGUAAUCAGAACGAUCUGGAAAAAAUCGAUACUUUCACCGAUUCUUCGAACCGAACAGUUAAAGCUGAAUUCGUUUCCGAGAGACUACGAGAAACUGAAAAAUGUGCUUUUAUAAAAUUCUACACGAGAUCGUUUGAAGGAGUUCGUAAAAUCAUCGAAAUGUAUUUUCACUGAACUCGAUUUUCGAUUGGUCGAUCGGUCGUGUUUGUCGAUGAAUAGAGAGAAUUAUUGAUGAUACGAUUGAUCGAUUAUUCGUUACAACGAUUCACCGCAUGCUCGAGAAUAAAAAAUGUCGUACGCUCGAAUAAAAUUCAGCACGUUCUCGCGGUGAUAAAUAUUUAUAAGUCAUCAAUAGUGAUAGAGAAUAUAAUAUAAGUAAUUUAACGAUCGCCACUAUUCGUGAAAAUAACAGCGAAUCAAAAGUCGGAGGACGCACAGCAGGGAAAAACUGAUUCUUUAUUUUGUAGAUUUCAUUCCCGAUGUUUUUCGUUCGAUGAACGAAGCUCGAUUAAUGGAUUUUGGAUUGAAUUAUUAACAAGCGUCUAUUUGUAUUAAUAUAUAUUGACGCCGACUCUGCGAUAAAAAAUUUCGAAGAACGAUUAAUUUGCAGGAUUUUUGACAAACUAGCUUAUUGUAGCAUUUAGAUCGAAUAAAAAUUAUCAGAAAAAAUGAGAUAAAUAUUUUUUAAUGUUACUGUGAAUGUCUUUUGAAUGAUUUUUUGUUUCGGACAAAACUGUGUGAAAUUGUGUGUGAAAUUCUAUAGUGUUCAGUUUAUAAAUCAAAGAUUAUUUGACAGUAUUGCAUUAUCCGACGAUCAUUUAAUAAAUAAACAGAACAAAAGAUAUUAAUAGAAAGAUUAAUCAAUUAAACAAUUAUAAGAGCAAUGUUAUUAUUAAUAACAAUAUUAAAUCGAUAUAAUUUUCAAUGAGUUGAAUAUGGCGAUUAUACAACGAGAUCUUUUUAAUUUUCGAUUAAUUAAAAAAAAGUUUUAAAAUCCUUGAGAUUUUGCUAUUAAAAUUUCACACGACUAAAUGUUUUACAAAAGUAAUGUAAAUGUGUUUAUAUGUAUAUAAAUUAUAAUUAUUGUUAUACAAUACUAUUCAUAUUUAAUUAAAUAACAUGGACGGCAGCGUUAGAAGGAAUAGACCUUUGAAACAGUGACGAUACAAAGCGUAGAAUAUAUAUUACCAUGGAAUUUUAAAGCCGAUGGAAAACAUAUUACACUGGUAAUUUAAUUGCUCGACUAACCUAGUCUUGUACAGAAUUUAUGCGCGCAUAGUGGAUGUUAAAAAGAA